AUGAACGGAACCGAUAGAGCUUCUGCAGAGCCUGCUGGUAUGAUAACCAGCAGUGCGGAUCGCAUGGUCGGUAUGGACCACGCUGAAGUCCGCUACUUCACCAGCUAUGAUCAUCAUGGCAUUCAUGAGGAAAUGCUUAAAGAUGAUGUCCGUACCAGAUCGUACCGUGAUUCUAUCUACCAGAACCGUCACAUUUUCAAAGAUAAGGUUGUCCUGGACGUUGGUUGCGGUACCGGUAUUCUCAGCAUGUUCGCCGUCAAGGCUGGCGCGAAGCACGUCAUCGGUGUCGACAUGUCUUCCAUUAUCGAGAAGGCUCGUGAGAUCGUCGCCGUGAACGGAAUGGCCGAUAAGAUCACUCUUCUCCAGGGCAAGAUGGAGGAGGUCGUUCUGCCUUUCCCCAAGGUUGAUAUCAUCAUUUCGGAGUGGAUGGGAUACUUCUUGCUCUACGAGAGCAUGCUGGACACCGUCCUCUAUGCGCGCGACCGUUAUCUCGUGCCCGGUGGCAAGAUCUUCCCCGACAAGGCCACCAUGUACUUGGCCGCCAUUGAGGAUGGCGAGUACAAGGAUGACAAGAUUGGAUUCUGGGACAACGUGUACGGCUUCGACUACAGCCCGAUGAAGGAGAUUGCCCUCACGGAGCCUCUUGUGGAUACCGUUGAGAUGAAGGCUCUUGUUACCGAUCCUUGCCCUAUCAUUACGUUCGACCUUUACACUGUCCAGCCUGCCGACUUGAGCUUCCGGGUCCCCUUCCAGCUCGCCGCCAAGCGCAGCGACUUUAUCCAUGCUGUGAUUGCUUGGUUCGACAUUGAAUUCGGUGCCUGCCACAAGCCGAUUACUUUCUCUACUGGCCCUCAUGCCAAGUACACUCACUGGAAGCAGACUGUCUUCUACCUGCGCGACGUCCUUACCGUGGAAGAGGAUGAGGUUGUGUCGGGCUACCUGGAGAACAAGCCCAACGAGAAGAAUAAGCGUGACCUCGACAUUACCAUCGAUUACAAGUUUGAAACUGCCGACAAACUGCGUUACGCGGAGGGCAGCUGUUUCUACAAGAUGUGA